AUGAGAGAAGUCAUUAGUAUCAACGUCGGACAAGCUGGUUGCCAGAUUGGUAAUGCAUGCUGGGAAUUAUACUCGCAAGAACACGGAAUCAAGCCAGAUGGUUACUUGCAAGAAGGUUUGGACAGACCAAAAGGUGGAGAAGAAGGGUUUAGCACUUUCUUUAGCGAGACUGGUUCCGGUAAAUACGUUCCCCGUGCGUUGUAUGUUGAUUUAGAACCAAAUGUUAUUGACGAAGUUAGAACAGGUCUUUACAAAGAUUUGUUCCACCCAGAACAAUUGAUUGCUGGUAAGGAAGAUGCGGCAAACAACUAUGCAAGAGGUCACUAUACAGUGGGAAGAGAAAUCAUGGAUGAUGUUUUGGACAGAGUCAGAAGAAUGAGUGACCAAUGUGAUGGAUUACAAGGUUUCCUCUUUACCCAUUCUUUGGGUGGUGGUACUGGUUCUGGUUUAGGUUCUUUGUUACUCGAACAAUUGUCGAUGGACUAUGGUAAGAAAUCCAAAUUGGAAUUUGCCGUUUACCCAGCACCACAAGUUUCUACAUCAGUCGUUGAGCCAUACAACACUGUCUUGACUACACACACUACCUUGGAAAAUGCAGACUGUACUUUUAUGGUUGACAAUGAAGCCAUUUAUGAUAUGUGUAGAAGAAACUUGGAUAUUUCUAGACCAAGCUUUAGCGCAUUGAACAAUUUGAUUGCUCAAGUUGUGUCAUCGGUGACUGCUUCUUUGAGAUUUGAUGGUUCAUUAAAUGUUGACUUGAACGAGUUCCAAACCAACUUGGUGCCAUACCCAAGAAUCCAUUUCCCAUUGGUGAGUUAUGCGCCAGUUUUCUCCAAGGCCAGAGCCAACCAUGAAGCUAACUCGGUUUCCGAGAUUACUCAAUCUUGUUUCGAACCAGGUAACCAAAUGGUCAAGUGUGAUCCAAGAACUGGUAAGUACAUGGCCACCUGUUUGUUGUACCGUGGUGACGUUGUCACUAGAGAUGUGCAAAAUGCCGUUGCUCAAGUCAAGGCCAAGAAGAAUGUCCAAUUGGUUGAUUGGUGUCCAACAGGUUUCAAGAUUGGUAUUUGUUACCAACCACCAACUGCUAUUCAAGGUAGUGAAUUGGCCAGUGCACAAAGAGCCGUUUGUAUGUUAUCAAAUACCACUGCUAUUGCUGAAGCAUGGAGAAGAAUUGACAGAAAGUUUGACUUGAUGUACUCAAAGAGAGCAUUCGUGCACUGGUAUGUUGGAGAAGGUAUGGAAGAAGGAGAGUUUACAGAAGCUAGAGAAGACUUGGCUGCAUUGGAAAGAGACUACGUUGAAGUUGGUACCGAUUCUUUCCCAGAAGAAGAAGAAGAGUAUUAA